GGAUAGCUGUUACUUCCAAGCUUCUAAAUUUGUGAGUAAACUGAGGAAUUGUUCUUCAUUUAAUCCAGAUUAUGAUCUGGGUCAACUGCGUUACUGUUGGGGCCAUGUUUAAAGAUGCUUAAGGAACAAAAUACUAGAAAGUAAUGAGUGUGUUUCAAGGCAAAGGUCCCCACAUGUGCAUCUGGAAAAUGGUCUCUUUCUCUCAGAGCUGCCAUUAAUUGUAAACCGGCGUUGGUUUCUUCAAUUUCAGUAUCUCUCAACCCCCGCUUGGCUCAGGCUGGCUUUAUGGCAAAUGGGUCUCGCGUGGACAUUGCUUUCAGCAUUACUCUUAGUCGUAACGCAACGAGUAACGCCUUCCUGCCCUUUUCUUUAAUCACUGGUAUGAGUGGUUUUUUGUUUUGGUCCUUUCUUCCUCGUUGGCGUUUGGAUUUUGGAAUCUUCUAGGUGAGUUUGGGAGGCUGGAAGAAAGAAGAAACCAUAAACUUCUUCUUCUUCUUCUUCGAACAUCUGGUUGGUUUUAGGUCUAAACUUGAGGGGGUUGAACUAAUUUUCUGUCCUGAUUUGCUUAAAUCUGUUUUUGAGGUUCUGGGUGUUCAUGUUUUCUGGGUGUUGGUGUAUUUUGGUGAUGUUGGAGGCUGGAGGUUCUGUUCUAGUGAACUCAGGACUCAAUUUGUAAAGGGAUUUGCCCAUUUUUUUCUCUAUAUUGAUAGAUUGUAGCCGUUUCUUCUUGAAGUUUUACAGUGUUUUACUAGUUUAAAACAAUACCCAGAAACCAGUCAACGAACUGCAUUGCCGCUGGUUUUGGAAAUUUGAGCUUUGGGUUUUUCUAAGGUUCUCUGCUGAUUUCAGUCUUAACGAGAAACUGGGCCGAGGAUUGCUUCAGUUUCUGCUAAUACAAGCCUUUUACAGUAGCUACCAAGUGGAAAGAUGGCUUGCGUGAAGCUAGGAUCCAAAACUGAUGCUUUCCAGAGGCAAGGACAAGCCUGGUUCUGCACUAGUGGAUUGCCUAGUGAUGUUAUUGUUGAAGUUGGAGAGAUGUCAUUCCAUCUACACAAGUUCCCUCUGCUAUCCAGAAGUGGGGUUAUGGAAAGAAUGAUUGCUGAAGCACCUGAAGAACAGGAGGAAGGAGGUGUAAUAACUAUUCCCGACAUUCCGGGGGGUGCUAAAACAUUUGAACUGGUCGCCAAGUUUUGCUACGGAGUGAAACUUGAACUUACAGCCUCAAAUGUUGUCUACCUCCGAUAUGCCGCCGAACGUCUAGAAAUGACUGAGGAGUAUGGGGAGGGUAAUCUCAUUUAUCAGACUGAGGCCUUCCUGAAUCAAGUUGUCCUCAAAAGCUGGAAGGACUCUCUGAUGGCACUACAGACCUGUGAUGAUGCUCUCUUCCAUACAGAUGAGCUCCAUAUUACUAGAAGGUGUAUCGAGUCACUAGCUAUUAAGGCGUGCACUGACCCAAGUUUAUUCGGGUGGCCAAUUAUAGAGCACGGAGGACCCAUGCAAAGUCCUGGUGGCAGUGUUUUGUGGAAUGGCAUAAGUACCGGAGCGAGGCCGAAAAAUUCAAGUCUAGAUUGGUGGUAUGAGGAUGCAGCGACCUUGAGCUUGCCUCUCUACACGAGGUUAAUUUCUGUCAUGGAAUCACGUGGUAUCAAACAGGAAAUUAUUGCAGGGUCUGUCACUUCCUAUGCUAAAAGGUACAUUCCUGGUCUAAAUCGACGUCAAGGUCCUAGUGAAGCGAGUAGUCGGCUGGCACCGGUGGCUUUGGGGAUGCCACCCUCAGAGGACGAACAAAAACUUUUACUAGAAGAAAUUGAUAGGAUGCUUCCAAUGCAGAAGAGCCUAGUUCCAACUAAGUUUCUUUUUGGUUUAUUGCGGACAUCCAUGAUUCUUCGAGUUAAUCCCUCGUGUAUCUCGAACUUAGAGAAAAGGAUCGGGAUGCAGCUCGAUCAAGCCACUUUAGAAGAUCUUUUGAUGCCCAAUUUCUCCUACUCCAUGGAGACUCUUUACAAUGUUGAUUGUAUACAAAGGAUUCUUGAGCACUUCCUAGCAGUGGAUCAAUUCAAUGAGGGAGGUGCCUCUCCAUGUUCUAUUGAUGAUGAACAACUGAUAGGGUCACCCUCUUUGCCACCGAUUACCAUGGUCGCUAAACUGAUAGAUGGAUACCUUGCAGAAGUAGCUCCCGAUGUUAAUUUGAAGCUUCCCAAGUUUCAAGCUCUUGCUGCUGCAGUUCCUGAUUACGCUAGACCUUUGGAUGAUGGCCUUUAUCGUGCUAUAGAUAUAUAUCUGAAGUCACACCCAUGGCUGGGAGAAUCCGACCGAGAACAGCUAUGUCGAUUGAUGGACUGCCAGAAGCUUUCUUUAGAAGCUUGUACCCAUGCUGCACAGAACGAGAGACUGCCCCUUAGAAUCAUUGUUCAAGUACUCUUUUUUGAGCAGCUUCAGCUCAGGACCUCAAUUGCCGGCUGUUUUUUGGUUUCAGACAAUCUUGAUGGAUCCAGACAGUUGAGAAGUGGGGUUGUUGGAUCCAAUGAAGGAGGUUGGGGAACAUCUGCUGUUAGGGAGAAUCAGGUUUUGAAGGUGGGGAUGGAUAACAUGAGGAUGAGAGUGUCUGAGCUCGAGAAGGAAUGCUCAAACAUGAAGCAAGAGAUCGAGAAGUUGGGACGAACAAAGGGUUCGAGUGCGUGGGGAAGCGUGUCGAAGAAGUUUGGGUUCAAGUUGAAGUCUCAAAUGUGCAGUGCUCAAGAGGGUUCAGUGAGUAAGCAGCAAUAUAGUGGGAAUAGGAAAGGAGAAAAAGUGAAGAACAGCAUGGGAAAGCAGAACAAGAGUAUUGAUGCAAUUUCAAAUGAGUAGAUAGAAAGACCUUUUCACCACUUUGCUUUAUUUGUUUCACUCACAAUGUCCUUAACUGCUAAAGAAGAGGUCCAUUGCUUGCCCC